CUCCCCGCCCACGUACUAAGCCGGUGAAGGUGAAGGUGAAAGCUUUAGUCUGCCGUUCCCGGGUGAUCGACUGUCUGCUUCUCAAUGGCUUCCCCCUCUAUCUUCUCCGCCGUUCCCCAGGCACCGCCUGUCGCAGUCUUCAAACUCACGGCAGAUUUCCGCGACGACAGCGAUCCCCGGAAGGUCAACCUAGGAGUGGGAGCUUAUCGCACUGAUGACUCCCAGCCUUGGGUCUUGCCGGUGGUGAAAAAGGUGGAGCAGAAGAUAGCAAACGAUCACUCUUUAAAUCACGAAUACCUGCCAAUUUUGGGGCUCCCCGAAUUCCGUUCCAGUGCUUCCAGAAUUGCUUUGGGGGAGGAAAGCCCAGCGUUCAAAGAGGCUCGGGUAGGCGGUGUGCAGUCCUUGGGUGGAACUGGAGCGCUGCGCAUUGGAGCAGAGUUUCUGAGACGCUGGUACAAUGGAACGAACAACACGGCGACUCCAAUCUACAUCUCUGCUCCUUCCUGGGAAAACCAUAAUGCUGUGUUCCUUGAUGCUGGAUUUAAGGACAUCCGUGCGUACCGCUACUGGGAUGCUGCUAAACGGGGACUUGACCUUCAAGGAUUGCUGCAGGAUUUAGAGAGUGCUCCAGAGCAUUCCAUCUUUGUUCUCCAUGCAUGUGCCCACAAUCCUACCGGGACAGAUCCCACCCCAGAUGAAUGGAAACAAAUCGCAGAGGUCAUGAAGAGGCGUUAUCUCUUCCCGUUUUUUGACUCUGCCUACCAAGGAUUUGCAUCUGGAAAUCUGGAUAAGGAUGCCUGGGCCGUGCGGUAUUUUGUGUCUCAGGGAUUCGAGCUGUUCUGUGCCCAGUCCUUCUCCAAGAACUUUGGUUUGUACAACGAGAGAGUGGGGAACCUUACCGUUGUGGGGAGAGACGGUGAAAAUGUGGCACGAGUGUUAUCUCAGAUGGAGAAGAUUGUGCGUACUACCUGGUCAAACCCUCCAUCGCAAGGCGCACGGAUUGUGGCAACCACUCUCAACACCCCCGAGCUGUUUGAUGAAUGGCGAGAUAACGUGAAGACGAUGGCAGAAAGGGUCCUGCUGAUGAGGGCAGAACUCAAAAAGAGACUGGAAGCUCUUAAAACUCCGGGCACUUGGAACCACAUCGUCGACCAAAUCGGAAUGUUCAGCUACACCGGGCUAAAUCCCAAGCAAGUCGAAUACCUCAUUAAAGAGAAGCAUAUCUACCUGAUGGCCAGCGGGCGCAUUAACAUGUGCGGUCUCACCACCAAGAACAUUGACUACGUAGCCCAGUCUAUUUAUGAAGCAGCCAACAUCCAGUAAAGAUAAACGGUGAUCCAAAAUUACAUUUCAGCUUGUGGUGUGUCGUAUGUGACUUUGUGUUCAGGUUUGAAUUUAUCCUCAUCCUUUUUUUAAUGGCUUUAAAAUGGAACAAAAUAUUCUGCAGGGAGACUUAUUACUCGUGAGCUCGUUUGUUUCAUGGUGCCCUGGGGCCGACGUCUUAACGGCUCAGGCGGUAUUUUGCACUUAAUAUUUUCCCGUUGAAAUCGGGAAGGAUUUGCCCAUGUCAGACCUUGUGCUUUUUAUGUAUAGCAGAUCGAACAUAAGACAUCUCAACACAGCACCCUCCUGAUGUAAAGUACAGCUCUGCCCUUAAUUGAAGGUGGUUUUGUAGAAAUGUAACACUCUUAAUCUUCUACUCGCUGAUCCAGAAAAUACGUAGCUUUAAGAAUCCAAAGGCUGAGCCUGGGAACACAACGAUACCUCUUCAACUGGGGACUGACCUGAUCAGUACAUCAUAAGUAGCUCCGAGCUGGUUCCUUUACCCUGCCAUUAGUGUUUUCCAUAGACACAUUAUUGUGUGCAUGAAUGGCGUUUGCACCGUUUCGUAUAAUACUCAAAUGAUCCGGUUUUAACAUUCAAAAAGCCGAUAUCAUUUAGCUCUCCAGCCACUAUAUGUUAUUCGCUUACAACUCCCGGCUGUUUCGGUGAUAAACGUCAUCACUCUUAGUGGAAGGAGCAAUAAAUAUACAUUUGGCUCUCAUGACGUAACCAGCGCCAUAUUCUGUCUCCUAGUAAAUUAUUCUUAAUUCCCUUACAUUCUCUUACAGCAAAAUACACCCGCUAAACAUCCCUAUCUGUAAAUAUCGAUUCUCUGUAUACUGUAUCCAUGGGGUUUGCCUCUUAUACCAAGUUUAUGUGACGUGCAAUACACCCUUUCAGGCCAAAUGUAACGGCUGCUUACUCUGACACUGAAGCCAAAAACCACUUUGUUGUGCUGUUCUGACAAUAAACUUGGUUCUGUUGAA